AUGUUCUCUUACUAUGAAUAUCCAGACACAAGCGACUGGAAUAAUCCGAGUCGUAGUAACAAGAACUUUCUGUCGCUACCGGCGGAAGUUCUUGACCAAAUUAUUUCAGAGCUUGAUCUUAGGAGCGAUUUAACAUCUCUAGCUUUGGCCAAUCGUACAUGUUAUCACCUAGUCGUACCCAGGCAUAGCGAAUACCGUGUCAUUCGUACUCGACAUAGACUCGCAGCAAUGUGGGGACACUUGGCGCGGCGGUCCGAUCUGGCUCGUAACGUUCGAAAAGUGCAUUGUUGCUCGAAAGACAACCACACAACACCAGAUCAAUAUCCUUCAUCGCUUGUCCCCCAAGGUCCUUCCAAUCCACAGCAAGAACUGCAUCUCGAACUAACUAGGUUAUCCAACAUAUGUAUCGCACUACGGCAUAUGACACACCUGCAGGAAUUUAUCUGGGAAAAUCCAGACGAUCAGCAACUCUCAUCGAGUUUAUCCGCGUGCAAUGAAGGAGACAUCUUGGAGUCCUUAGGAGAAUCGACCAGGCUUACCCACUUGUCUUUGUCGGGAGCGAUGAGGCUACGUCCAUCUUCCCCAGCGCGACAGCUUGAGCAGAUAUGGAAUAUGAAGCAUCUUCGAUAUGUCUGUUUGCGUGGAGAAGUAUGGGGCUUACCUUCCAUGGGUGGAAUUGUGCAGGAAUUCCUGAUGCAGUCGCCUCUAUUGGAAUUUCUUGAAGUUCCGCUCGAAAUCACAUCGCUAGCAGAUUCUCUCUUCCCCAGUCUCAAAAAACUUCGUUUAUUCCUGCAAUCUGGUGCCGGAAGCUCCAGUGCCAAAUCCUGGUCGACAUUCGUCGCCAACCAUCUUGCCCUUGAGGAAUUCUCCUGCACCCCUUUGCUUGUAAAUCUUCCGGCUGAUGGUCUACCCCUCCUAAAGUGCUUCCAGACCGAUAUCAAUUCGUUGGGCGAGUUUGGGACUGCCCAUAAUACACCUUCGCUCGACUCCAUUGAUGCGACAUUACCCUUGAACUCAUUGGGGGAGAAGUUCCUCAAGAGCGGGAACUGCUCGAAUCUGCGUCGAUUAUGUCUUCGCACUUGGCCCACCACCGCUUUUCUGCGCUUCACAAAAGUCUUCCCCAAUCUUACCUGGUUAUCUGUUGAGCAAUGUCCAGUUAUGCAAUUAGAUAACCUUUUAUGCUACCUGUCACAAUUCCGCUAUCUGGAAGUCUUUCGGGGUCAUGCUAUUUGGAAGUCGGUUGAUUAUAACGACGAUAGAAUGCACCUUGCUAUUGUGAAGCUUGUUCAGAUGUGUCUCAAUCUUCGGGAACUAGAUCAUCGAACAUAUUAUGCGAAAAGGAGGGCGUAUAAGAGGAUUGUAAUCACGCGAGAAGAGCAAGAGGACGGAAGUCUUGGUGUAACAUAUGAGGUUCGAAAACCUCCCCCGCGUUCUUGCUUCGAUACUGCUGGCGGUAUUUUCGACUAA